GCCAUGUGCAAAGAUUCAAAAUGGCGGACACGAGGGCAACAUUCGUGUCUCACAAAAUCAACAAAAUACGAUGGAGACAGCAGCAAAAACAGUCUCUUCAGGAAUCAGAUGUUUUUGCAAGCGGAAGUUGGGACGAUGAACAAAAUAAGGUAUGUCUGUGGAAGGUUGAGAGACAGACGGCACAGAGUGGGGAGAUGGAUGAUGGAGGAGGGACAGGCUAUGUGGAGAGUGAUCCAGUGAUCCUGUGUGAGGCCCCACAUAGAGGAGAUGUCACCGGUUUAGAGUACAUGGAUCAAGAACAUAUUGUUGCAUCUUCUUCAACUGGAACCAUUACUAUUUAUAAACACCAUACUAACUCACAGACCCUAGGAGUGUCUCAACAAUGGGAAAAAGUUCAUAAUCACUAUGGACAGCUUUGUCCUUGUACAUGUUUGGCCAUCCGUGAUGAUGUGAUUGUGUCGUCGGGAGAGGAUGGACGUGUCAAUAUAAUACAAGUGGGACACAAAACACCCAAUAGAGUUAUAGAUAAAGCAGAUAGCAGCACUGUAAAUAGUAUUACCUUCCUGAAGCAGACAGAAUUCAUCACAGUCAAUUCUACAGGACAACUGAAGAUAUUUGAUCUAAGGACAAAUUCUGAUGAACCAACACAAACUCUUUCUGUAACAGGGGAGUUAACUCCUCUCCAGUGUAUAGACAAACACCCAAGUCAGGCUCACAUAGUUGCAACAGGUGGACAGGAUGGUGUGCUGGGAAUGUGGGACCUGAGACACGACAAGUUCCCAGUCUCAUUGAUGGAGGCACACUCUGGGACAGUGUGGGAGGUGAGGUUCCACCCAUCUGCACCCGACCACUUAUUCACCUGUUCCGAGGAUGGCUGUGUGUGGCACUGGGAUGGCUCACAGGUCAAUGCUACACCUAUUGGCAUGGUGGCAGGCAUCAACCAGAUAACAGGUACAGGUGCAGGAUCCGGGGGAGGUAAUUUAUCAACACCACGACAGUUCCAGUAUGGCGGUAACACAGCUGCUGCUGGUCUUUCUAAUCCUUGGCUGGCCACUGACAUUGCCAAAAACAAAAUUGAGAUCACCUCAUUACUUGAUCAAAAAUCACUGCCUAUAAACACUGUAGAUGUGGCAGGACACACACUGCUGUGUGGCACAGAUGGAGAGACAAUAUUCACAAUGAAUCUUGGCAGCCUUCGGUAACCUCGCGUGUGUUUAGAGUCCAGAUAGGUUGAUUCAUGUGGAAAAUUCCGGUGUAAAAGAUGUGGAUGAAGAUGAUAGUAUUUGGCAUGGAUGGAGUGAAUGGUAGACCUGAAAAUAUAAAGGUAUCAAACAAAUGUUUUGGUACCAGUCUUUGUUUGAUACAGAUCUAUGGGUGCUUGGUGUCUGUUAAUUUUCUUUUUUAAUUUUUUAUAGAAGAUUGGACAGUGGUGCAGUCUGAUCAGUUCACUAAGUAAAAUGACAUUUCUUUUAAAUAACAAUCAAUUAUUAUGCCUUAUAUGAAGCCUAGAGAGAUUAAGCAUUCAGUAAAUCCCACUAGACCACCACCUCUUGGUUGAGUUCAAAACCUACGUGGGGCAGUUGCCUGUAGACCAGUGGUGUUUCUCAGGGUACUCCAACUCCACCUCCAGAACCAGGGAGGUCUUUAAAUGACCCUGGCUGUUAAUAGGAUGUUAAACCAAAUUAACCAAACCAAACCACUAGAACAAUUGUCAGGGGCUAGUGAAUGUCAAACCUGACCAUCUCACCAAAGGUAAUCUAAUGUUAAUUGAAAAACAGAAAUUUUGACAUGUAUUCAGAAAUGUUUAUCAUUAAUAGUAGCUAUUGGGCAAGUUAGCAUGUUCUAGAAUGGUACAUUUGUUUCGUCCAUUUAAGACAAGUCUAGUACUUGCAUCUCUUUAUAUUCAUCGGUAAAAGAAAUUUUAAGAGUUGAUUUAAACUUUUGAGUGUCACAAGGAAAUAGCAUCUGAUGUUUGGUUGUAUUUACAGGGUUUAUUUUAACUUGAGUGGCAGAUGUGUGUUUUAGAUAAUACAAAUGAUUACAUAUAGGCUUAGUUGAUUGUUUGUAAUAUUCAUAUUAAAAAUCUGACAUUUAUCUUUACUUUUCAAAACUGGUUUCAUUUUGGGAAGGUCUUCAUCCAUUGUAAUGAUUUUCUUUGUUUAAUGUUGAUUAUGUGCAAUAUAUUACCUGUCAUUGUUAUUGGUUACCUUUGUUAUUGUUUAUCAAUGGAGAGGUAAACAGACAUGACAAUAAAAAUCAUUGUUUAUCUUGUAUGUGGUGCUUAUCAUAUACACUGAACCUAAUCUCACUGAUUAUUAUUUGACAAUCAAAGCAUUUCCAGCAGGGAACAUUUUAUAAGGGUGCAUUCCCAAUGUCACACAAUCUGCCAGGCUGUUCGUUUGGGUUUUCGUGUCCCUGGUGUACUCUGAAGCCAAAAGUUAAUACUGUUUAUAUAUUGGUGAAAUUGGGUCUAAAUUUAGAGGAAGAUUUACUAAUCUAUUUAGCAAGCUUUUUGUUCUGCCACUUUUAUCAUAUAAAUGGAUUUCAUAAAAUAGUUAAGAAAUGGUUAGGUAUUAAUAAAAUUGUUCAAAAAUGGUGUAAUAUGUAUUUAUAAUGUAAUGGCGUUACUGAGAGCAAUGUACUAGGUAUGGGGAGUGUUAGUACUACCCUCGGUAAGUAGAUGUAUGUGGAUGCUGAUUAAGUUAUGAAAUUCUCAAAAUGUUAUUAAUCUAAUCAAAGUAACGCAGUUAAAAGUUUUUAAUGAUAAUAAAAAAGGUGAGUGUCCAUUAAAAGAAUUGAUCGAAUAUAGAGUUCUGGCCUGAAAAGGUUAUGUAUAUCAGUAACAUCAUAUGCAUUAAAGCCCUACAGCAGUUUGAUACUGAAUAAAGUUCUAUGUUUUACUUUUUAAUGUAACCAGAUCUAGGCAAUUUACCCUCUAUUUGAAGACCACGUAUUUCAAUAUGCAAAAUGGUGCCAUUAAGACAUUAGAUUGUGUGUCAUGUGGAAGUUUUCUCACCUACAUGAAAUACUGUAAAAUCAGUUAUUUUGAAGGUGCAAAUUUUUUGCAGUUUGUUAAAAAAUAAAUUUAAUUUGUUAAUAGUUGAGAUUGGUUUUUAAAGAAACCAUGCAAUCAGAAUGUAUUAUGGUGCAGUAAUGUCUACACAACAUGAUAUACCAAACCACCUGUACAUGUGCUUAGAACGCUGCAUCAACAAACAUCAUCAUGUAAUCCUUAUAUACAUUAACCAACAAAGUUGGCAGUAAAUUUAAUUUAAGAGAUGACCAACAUGCCAUGUCACAGUAGAGCUGUACAAAUCAUAAUGUAUAUGCAUGCCACUAGGUUGAUUUGAACAUAGACUGGUUACAACGUUUUGUUUGUGAAAGAUGUAAUUUUGUGUAUGCUCAGUAAGAUAUUUUUGUACUUUUCUGUGAUGUGGUGAGAAACCUGGACUUGUUUGAGUGUGUGCAAAUGGAAUUGUUUGUGGGUAUGACAAGAAAUGUAUUGAAAUUCACAUUAUCAGGUCUUAAUAUUGUGUAUGAAAGUAUAGCUGUGCAACUUAACAGACUGCAAAGUUGUGCUGUAAAUACAAGCAUUUGAAACUGUUGGAGA